AUGUCAUUGCGUCAUACGGAUGGAAGUAACCGCUGGAGCUGCCAACGUCCACAUUCUGGCCUUGCCAGCUCACGGUGGCCACUCGUAGCACAACCCGAGGAUGUCCUUGCCCAGACCAAGGACCGCUGCAACUCGAAUGGGCAAUCUGAUACACGUCAAGUCGAGCCGCCUAGUGAAAGAUCCCCUCGUCACCCCCGUACUCAGCCGCUAGUGGUGGAUGUGACCCAGUAUACGAACCCUCACCUGACCAAGCACCUGAACAAGGACGAUGAAAACAUCACAUUGCAGGAGCUUGCUCAUGUUGUGCGCCUAUCCAAAUACCAAGAGCGCAAGCGCGCCAAUACUCGAGUUCGUUUGCAGAGGAGCCUUAUAUCUACAGCCCUGAGUGCCCGUCUCACUCGGUGUGGUGAUAUUGCCAAUCGCAAUUUGGUGGAUAGCGUUCGAAAAGACGACAAAGAUGGCUUCGUAAUGUUGUACAACGCAAUACAGGACAUCCGAAAAAGUUGUGACGAAAUGCGCCGAUAUGCUUUUCUGGACCCAGACAUCGAACCGCUGUCGUCGCCCACUCUUGGUUCUUCGGAGAGCCUUGAUACUCCUACCAGCUCCGUCGUUGGUGUUGCCCCGCUGAGGUCAAUUACUCCUUUUCUCCAUGAGAUUUCUGCCACGUCCCGGGACACCAUUUUGGAUUUUUUGUCGGAGCUGAGGACCAAUCCUGAUUAUUUGGCCACACGAAUCUGCGCCCUCUCAAGCUCCGAGUUGAAUGCUUUCCUUAGCUUCCACAAGGGCAUGGAACCAGUGGAGUCCGUUUUGCCGUACCAUGGAAGGUCUGCCAGCAGGCAACACGCAGGUGUGUCGACUAGCCGAAGCAAUUCAAGCUCGGAUAUAGAACGUCUCUUGUCGUUCCAGCGCCAUGACCCUUUGUCUAUUUUGAUACACUACUGCUUUGCCAAUCCUGCCGGGCCGGACAGCACCGAGGAUCAACGACGAACUGACAUCUGGGCAACGGUACUUGCUCGGCUCAUCCAGCAGCCCAAGUCCAGUAGUGAACAUUUCCUGAUUUCCGUGCUCAAUAUCUGGACUGGGAUGCGCGACUGGUCUGGAAGGUCCAAUAUGGAGUGGUAUCUUAUGAAGAUUCUCGAGGAAGGCGUCUUUAUUCUUGACCGUGCCGAGGACCAACAUGGCACGCGGUUCAACCUUUCUGACUGGAAUUCCUCUGAUGAAGCCGCCGCCCAGGAGUUUUACGACAGGGCUGUCCAGGGACUCUUCGAACUGGUUGACGACGAGGAUGCGACGGGAAUCCCCGAAGGUCUCCUGGAGCUCGGCAAUGCCAUCCUCAAAAAGCUGGACAACAAAUACGUGGAAAACACAUCUCGCUGGCUCGUCUGGAGAUGCCUCUUCUUUGUUUUCCUUCUGGGGGUAAUUGUCCAUCCUGAGUCCUAUGGCAUGCUAGCUGAAUAUCACAUUACCCCUUAUGCGAGGGAAAAAAUCCUCAAGAAAGUCGCUAUGAAAGCUCACGAAUAUGUUUCUAGCAUGUGGAGCGGAAAGCCUUCUGCCACCUGUGUGCCGGCGGAAGUGCCUCCACAGAUCAAAGGUCACGUAGAGAGAAUUCUUUCCAGGUUUCAAGGAUCUCGUUCCAAGAAUUCUUCAGCCAAGCUUCUUCCCGCCCGAUCCAUUACUUCCCUGAGGGAGACGGUGGAAGUCCAUCCGUACUUGGUGCUCAGCCCGUCAGACCUGGCCACGCUGGCCAAUGCAUUAUUUCCUGAGCGACGACCCUUGUCUUCCAUGUCCAACACUCUUCGCUCCGGCGCCGCCUCCAUAUCCGGUCUGUCAGCUAUUUCACAACAAGUAUAUGCGCCCACCUCCCGGAAUAACAACCUGGAGACUGCAUCCAUCAUCAGCACUAGCUUCUCGUCCGUGGUUAGCGAUGGAACAACGGCCCCACGAGAAGGCUCACAAGAUGGUCAACCACAUACGCCCUCUCAGCGGCAUUCUCCUUCUUCUGCCGAUCCUGAUGCCCAGAGAAGGCUAAACCUAUACGAGGAUGAUGGCUACCGCCUGCGACUCGCUAUGCAUGAAUUGCGCCAGAAUCUGGGACCGGAGGCUGUCAAAGGAGGCUGCCACCCUUGCGCCGAGCGAUGGAUUGUCCUCUUUCUAUCGUCUGACGGCAAAAAGCUGUCGACUUCCAUGACCUAUGACCCAGAAGACGAAGGUGACGAUGACGACAACUCUUCAAGUACCGACACGGACGAGGACGAGGACACUCAAGGCCCGGAACUUGAUAAGGGUUAUCACCAAAUUCGGGAUGCGAUUCUAAGACUGGUGGAGGAAUUUGAGAUUCCCAGAAAUUUGGAAACAGAAGGCGAUUGUGCCCCUCAACUGACCAAUCGAGCAUCUAGACUCCGACGAUACAAAUCAAAAAAUAAAAUCAUUACAACGGAAAAUUCAGUAUCUAAUCGGAAUCUGUACAGAACUGAUGAUGGCAAAAGCAGGCCCAAAAAUGCCUCUUCGGGGGACUCGGCAGCGUCGGAUGUCGCAACCCGAGUAGCCAGAGAGGAGGAUGGAGAAGGGGAACCAGUUCUGAUCAAAAUGCUCAGGGCUGCAUCGUCGCAAUCCAAGGCACAAGCGGAUUUUGUUUCCGCUCACCUCUAUUGGAAGACUCUCAAGAAUCUCUGUGCCCUUGAAUCGCCUUCUCUCCGCGCAAAUGGUUUUGCAGUGUUGAUAAACAUUUUCUCCCGUGGUCCACGUGACUCUCUCAGGAGAUCUGCAGGCGCAAUUGAGGAAUACGACGCAUGGUUGAUAUGGCUUAAGCAAAGUCAAGAGCGCCACGAAGGCUUGAUAGAUCGCAUGAUGAGGCGAGUUCGAGCAAUGCGCGACAAGAUGUGGUUCGUUACAGAUGUGCGAAAUUCCAAAGAAUACGGCCAUAGCCGUGACAUCUGCCAAGCGUUGAAGACCAUGGGAAUGCCGCGGAGAUGGAGCUCCAUGCAAAGGUCCCGAGCAAACGUCAGCCGUGCUCCCGGGUCUUCCUAUCUUUACCGCACCGAAUCCCAGAUCAUGGACCUGUUGGCUGCGUCGGAGGAGCAGGGCGGUCCUAACAAGCUGAGCGAUGACCAGGCGGAAAUGACGUCCUCGUGGCUGCAAAAGUACGGAAUCGAGAAUUUCUGCCAAGGGGAAGAGCGUAUACAUCGAUUUUGCUGUGAGGUAGACAAAUGUGUUUCCAAGCUCGUUGGUGAGACCAUUCGGGAGGCGCCAGUUCUGUGGUCUAGUGACUUGUAUAAACGGGAAAAGGUCGUUUAUGAUCGGAGGAGAGCCCGCGAGAGGGACCAGUCGUGGUCAGGAGACGACACGGCAAGCAUCUUGAGCGACAGUGAAAGACGAUUUGGCUCACCGUCAUCCAGACCAUCCCGGAUGCUACGCGAGUCCGAUAGAGGACGAUUUCCGAAUAGCCCAAACGCGAGUCAACAUGCCCUGGACAUGUCCCGGAUCAACUUUGCGAGACCGACUGCCUCGCUAUCUGAUGUGGUCGAAAAUCAGGACUCUUUCGAAAAGUCCCCCCCCGUCAAUACGGUCGAUUCCGUGAGCACGUUCUGGUCCCCGUUCCAGCCAGUCAUGACGCCGGGGUCUGGCGUGUCCAAGGCGUAUUCUCCUACUACAAGCCUGACAAAUCUUUCAACAACCUUCUCCGGGCCUCUGCACCACGCCACUUUGCCUUCGAGUUCUAGCGUUUCUACGGGGCGCCCUGGUACAUCGGCGUCGUCUAACGAGACUAUCUUCCAACAGCAGGCGGAAGACGAGAAAUCCCGCUUCCUGAACGAGCUGCGGAAGACACUCACGAGUCUGUUGCUAUCAGACCUAGGGAGUCAAGUCCUAGCCCGCGGCUCAGAAACAGACGCCUGGUUCCACGGGUUAGGGCAGCAAUGCAUAGAUAGAAGGGAUGCUUUUGAUCGCUACGCCCGACGACGAACAGAAAAGAAGGACAAAGAGGUGGGCAGCCGCAGCUCUACGAGGCCAAGGGUGAUUGAGAAGAAGAAGAGUUUUAGAAAUCUGAGAAACGCUGGCGACAGCGCAUCUGAACGGUCCCCCGAUGGGCCGUUGGCCGGCGUGGCAGAUGAUGCAGGCAGUAGCGGGACUGGAAAUGGGCAUAAAGCCAAAGAGGCUGCAACCGACUUUCCCUUCAAAAAGGCAUAUCGCCGACUCCUCAACAUGUUCAGCGUGAACCCGAAUCCUUUUGCCAAACUCAAUGCUCUCAACGAACUGGAAAACCUCAUCAUUGCCUCACUGAUGUGGCAUAGCUCGAGAAAGCUCAGAGCAAAUCGAUCCGAUGCAGGUUCCAGUACAGCAUCGGAUCGUGGACCGAACAAUCGUCAAACAUCUCUGGAUGGCACAAUCGACAACGUAAGGGAGCGUCGUUCCCAGGCUAUCCAGUCUGCAUUCCAUUCGGCGGGAUACGGGCACCAACCGCGACAAGCCAACGCGGAGACGAAAUCCAUUGUUUCAAGUGGCUCUGCGAGCACCGACGCCAUCACCAGCGAGCUACAGCGGCUUUUUCGGGAUGCUGAAAUACGACCCAAGUCUUUGUUUCGCGACCUUCAGCUCAUUGCGGCGUUUGUACCGUCAACGGUUCUCGACAAGCCAGAGCGAGGCAAGGCUUUCUGGAACGCUGGCUUAGCUGCGUUGAAGCUCAAGUCCGAGGUAUGCAGGACCAUGAUGGAAAUGGCUGAUGAGGUUGUUGGAGCUCACAGUCAUACCCGGGGGUCCGUCAACGAAAACCACGCAUUGCCCGAAGCAAAGACAUCGGCAACGGGUACACCGCCUCCGGCAUCAUCUGUGUACACUCUGGACGAUGCGGGGAGAAUGUGGUCCAUCACUGCCAAAGAGGGCUAUCCAACGGCUCAACGCGAGCUUGCUCUGUUUUCUCUGUCCAACCCGGAAUUUGUUGAGCGUACUACCUUGCCACUUUCCAAACCUCGAGAAGUAUUCAAGCAGACAGUGAUGGAGAGAUACGGAAGAAAUGAGAGGACACGUGGUAACUGUGGAGUAACAGGGCCAGCAGGCCUCGCCAAUGCUGGCCUGAAUACGCGGGCCAUGGGCUCUGCUAUUGCAGCGGGAGAUGGACCAGCACUGAGUGGCAAAGAUGGCGAUGUCAAAAAUGACGUGGGACUGAUGUGUCUUGCUGUUCACUGGAUGAAAGCAGCCGAGCAAGGAGGUGAUGACUUGGCGACGAGGUUCUUGCGGCAGAAUGAGUUUAUGGACAUGGGAUGA